AUGGAUAUAUAUGAUGAUGAGGAGGAUUACGAUGGUAUCGAUGGUAUCGAUGAAGACAAUGACGAUAUCUUAACAUCACAAACAACAAAUAAUCGUUUACCGACUAUGAAAGGAGUUCGUAAUACCAUUAAUCCAGAUCUGAAAGACUCCUAUUUCUUAGUUCGUAUUGAUGAAAAACAAAAGUAUUUACAUAAAAGUACAGCCAUUUGGUAUCUCACAGAUAAAAAAUACACAUUAUCGUCUGAUCGAUUAACUCAUGUAAUGGCAAAAUAA